GCCCGCAUUAUGUAUAAUAAGUAUACCUACGUUAACUAUGUAGAGUAGUGGAAGUCGAAAGAUAAAUAAUACUCAAAGUUCUAUAGAUAGUGAGAACUCAUUAAUUGUCUGUUCAUUGAUUGAAUUUGUACUCGGUGUUUACACUUUUUUCAUCUGUCAUAAUACUACGAUUAUAGGUUAGUAAUGGUGAACAUAAACAAUCAAUGACAGAUAGCUAUUUGUGCCUAUGACGUAUUAGAUUACGCAUAUAAUAAAAUUAUAACACAGAUCGACAAAUUUUAGCCUUGAACAUGCAUGAAUCUUAUCAACUUUUAUAAAUUAAAAAAAUCUAAUGAAAAAUGAGCUCUCAACAUUAUCUCAAGUCAUCAUCAGGAGAAAUUGAACAUACAAAUUUUUUAUCAGAAGAUAUUGGUGCAUUAUACUUAUCAGAUGAUUAUUCAGAUGUUACCCUUAUUGUCAAUGGUCAAAGAUUUAAUGGUCAUAAAGUAAUUCUUGCUGCUAGAAGUCAAUAUUUUAGAGCAUUACUUUAUGGUGGCUUGAGAGAAACUACUCAAAGUGAAAUAAUUUUAAAAGAAACUACACUUCCUGCAUUUAAAGGUCUCUUUAAGUAUAUCUAUACUGGUCAUAUGUCAUUGUCAAAUCAUCAAGAAGAGGUUAUUUUAGAUAUUUUGGGAUUAGCUCAUCAAUACAAUUUUAUAGAAUUAGAAGCAGCAAUUUCAGAUUACUUGAAAGAAAUUCUUAACACAAAAAAUGUUUGUACAAUAUUUGAUGCUGCUCGUUUGUAUAAUCUAGAAUUUUUGAUCAAGUUUUGUUAUGAAUUUAUGGAUAAACAUGCAAUGGAGAUUAUGGAACACGAAAGCUUUUUGCAACUAAGUUCAAGUGCACUAAAAGAUCUAUUGACUAGAGAUUCUUUUUAUGCCUCUGAAAUAAAUAUAUUUUUGUCUGUACAUUCUUGGGUGAAAGCUAAUCCUCAUGUAAAGGCUGAUGAUAUUUUAAGUCAAGUAAGAUUAAGUUUAAUAUCUAUAUCUGACUUACUAUCUGUAGUCAGACCAACUGGCUUAAUAUCCCCUGAUGCAAUCUUAGAUGCAAUUGCUAUUAAUACACAAACACGAAAUCUCCACCUGCGGCAUAGAGGAUUUUUGUUAUUAGAUGAAAAUGUAGUACAUCCUCGUUAUGGAGCACAGGUUUUGCAAGGAGAAAUGCGUAGUUAUUUAUUAAACGGGGAUAUAGAAAAUUAUGAUAUUGAAAAAGGAUAUACAAGACACACCAUUACAGAUAAUUUGGAAAAUUGUAUACUCAUUAAACUAGGAAAUCAAUGCAUAAUCAAUCAUAUGAAAAUGUUGUUGUGGGACCGUGAUGAAAGAUCAUAUUCAUACUACAUUGAAGUUUCAAUGGAUGAAAAAGAUUGGGUGAAAGUUAUUGAUCACUCCCAAUAUUUUUGUAGAAGUUGGCAAUAUCUAUAUUUCAAGCCACAAGUUGUUUUAUACAUUCGUAUUGUUGGUACGAACAAUACUGUGAAUAAGGUUUUUCAUCUUGUUAAUUUUGAAGCAUACUAUAUCCAUCACAAUGAAAAAUUAGUCAAUGGGUUCAUUGCACCAACAAAUAAUAUCGCUACCAUUGAGCGUAGCGCUUGUGUAACUGAGGGUGUCAGCAGAUCCCGUAAUACAUUAUUGAAUGGUGACUUUCAAACUUAUGACUGGGACCGUGGUUAUACUUGUCACCAACUAAAUUCUGGUUGUAUUCAAGUUCAACUGGGUCAACCUUACAUGAUAGAUUCAAUGAGAUUACUUCUAUGGGACUUAGACAAUAGGUCUUAUUGUUAUUAUAUUCAAGUUUCUGGUAACUCUAAAACUUGGGAAACCAUUGUGGAUAAUUCAAAAGAAUUACGUCAAUCUUGGCAAACUUUAAGGUUUAGUCCUCGACCGGUAGUUUUCAUUCGAAUAGUUGGAACUCAUAAUACUGCUAAUGAGGUUUUUCACUGUGUGCAUUUUGAGUGUCCUGCACAAAUAAGUGAAGUUAAAUCACCGGGUUCCCAAAAAACUAAGGAAGCGAUUCGAGACACAGAAGAUUUGACUGUUAAUCAUCAAGUACCUCAACCAUCAUUAUCAGAAGCUUCUAAUGAAGCUGUUAAUCCUGAUCGUGAAAAUGAUAGAUCCAUUGAAAAUUUGGAUUGUAGUUUAGAAGAAGGCUCGCCGUAGCUUCCUACAUUUUGUUUACUUAAAAAUAGAAAAACGUUGAAAAUAACAUUCUACAUUUUUCUUCUUUGAUACCAAAAUUGAAAUUUUUCAUAAAUUUAUUGGUUAAAUUAAAUUAAAUUGAUACAAACGAUGAUGCCUUCGAUAUAUAGCUAUUUAACUCUGAACAAUAUAGAUAGACAGAGCGCGGUAUAUCCUGUAGGCAAAAUAACCCAAGAUAUCAUAAAUUCGCGUAUGUUAUCUAAUGUAUAUGUAAUUUAUCUGGGUAUUACAUAAAUGUAAUACCCAGCAUUUCGGUAAUGGGUUAUUUUGGUCAUCAAAUAGACACCUUUAUAAAUAAAAUUCCUCGUAGUAUAUAUAGUAUUAUCAAAGGUAUUUAUUUUGCAACGUUAUAAUUGCUUUCAAUACUUAAUAAAUUUCUUUACACUUA